AUGACUGCGGCAGUUGAGUACAUACCAUAUGAGGAGUUUACGUUAGGAGAGCUUAUAGGCUCUGGGACUUUCGGCAGCGUAUCGAAAGCCAGUUGGAGGGAUCGGGAGAUCGCCGUGAAGAAAAUACGGCCGGGAUGUGAAGACCAGCAAAUUGAGAGGGAGAUUAACCAGCUCUCAAGGGUGGACCACAAAAAUAUCAUUAAACUCUACGGGAUCUCCAAACACGAUCGCUGUUUUCACCUCCUUAUGGAGUACGUAAAGGGUGGAUCUCUAGACAGUUUUCUCCAUGCUGAAAGCAAGCCAACUUAUUCGCUAGCCCACGCCUUGAAUUGGGCCCUCCAGAUUGCUCAGGGGGUAGCUUAUCUCCAUGCCAUGAAGCCAAAGCCAGUCAUUCACCGCGAUAUCAAGCCGCUAAAUUGUCUUUUGGAUCAAAGCGGCCUCAGUCUGAAGAUUUGUGAUUUUGGCACAGUUGUCGACGUGACCUUAUCCAUGACAACCGGACAAGGCACCUGCAUAUACACAGCACCCGAGGUAUUUCUAAGCGGUCACUACAAUGAAAAGUGCGAUGUGUACAGUUGGGCAAUUACUUUUUGGGAGACGUUAUCCCGCAAAGCACCUUUCAAAGAUCUUAGCUUUUAUGAUUUGAGUAUGGCCAUUCCAGGAGGAGAUAGGCCGAAGCCAGAAGAUAUUAUACCAGGGUGCCCGGACGAUAUAGUCAGCGUGAUGACCACUUGCUGGGACAAGGAGCCGAAAAGAAGACUUUCGAUGGAACUGGUCGCAUAUAUUGUACAGAAAUUCCUCAGAGAAGCCGGACCUCUUCAACAUCUAGAUUACAAUUUUGGAAAUUAGAAAGAACAUCCAUUCCACCCGAUCGGUAUUAAACAGAUAUGUAUGUGAACGUUAAACACUAUUUUAUUUUCUUGAAAACUCUUCUCAAAUAUUUACAUUGUAACGGAUACUGUAAGGAAUAUGAGGACGGGUUGGGAUGGGUUUGGAUGAUUAUUGGGGAUUGGGGGGCGCCGAAUUCGGUUCAAUUCAAGGUUACAUCCAGUGAACUGUAGUAUAAUUUGCGGAAAUAUAUAAUUUGUUAUUCUCGUUAGCUGAGGGUAUAGGUAUGCAUAUAGGGAAUUUAUAAAAUAUGAUCUAGGCAUAUGUUUUACAGUAUAUGGAUCACUAGCAAUACGUUUGAUAAUUUUACUUAUUCUCUUGAUUUGUUUUUUUGCUCUAGCGAAUGUAAAUUUAAAAAAUUAAAUGUUAAAACGUUUUAAUAAAUAUAUUCAUAUGUGUUUGUAUGUAUAUAUAUUUUGUUUGCUUGUCAAAACAAAAUGAUCCUCGCUCAUGUGUUUGGUUAGUUACACAAUGGAAAACUGUAACGUUUCGUAGAGUUUCGUUUUGGAGUAUAAUUGUUUCGUAAUUUAUAUGUUGGUUUUUGCUUUUUCGUUUUUAAUAAAUGUUACAUACUUUAACUUAUAUAUAUAACUAUAUAUAAACAUGCGUGUAUGUAAGCAUAGUUUAAUUAAUUCAAUUGGUUUGGUAUAAUUGUUGUCUUUAUACUCGCUAUAAUUGUUUUCGUUUCGUCUUUUUUUCACCGCACGUUCCUGCCUACGAUUUGUUCAAUGUCUUCAUAUAUAUGUAUAUAUGGAUGUUCAAGCAUAUAUAUUCCCUUUGUAAUUUGUUGUAAUUUAGGUCGCAUUUAAUUUUGUUUGCAUUUGCUUCACUUAAUUUCGGCGUGUAAUCAAAAUGUUCUCGUUAAAAACAGAAACGAACGAACCCAAAUUCAAAAACAGGCGACUGAUGAUCCGAAUGCGAGAUAUAGUGGACGAAUUUCGAAUGAUUAACUGGUCAUAUAAAAACUCCAGAGAUAACAUUGAAUUAUAAGAAAAGAUGGCUUAAUUAUAGUUGCUGCGUUAUCGCCAAUACUCAUACCUUAUGCUGGUUUUGCAAACAAAAAAACGUACAUGUAGGUGCAAAAAAAAAACUUAAGCUAUCCAGGUGCAACCUUAAUAAAAUAUACAAUUAAAGAAAAUAAUCUCUUAAA